UGUUUUGUAUUGUUCGAUUUGUGUUUGUAAAUAACACGGUCCUUGUAAUAAAUCUAUGUAUUGUGUAAAGAUCUGGUGAUAAUCUUCAUCAUCAUUAUCAAAACAACAACAAAAAAGAAUUAUAAAUUGAAUAAGGCGUAGCCUAACCAACAUCAUUUUUUUCGUCUUCUAAAUUUUUGUUUUGUUUUUGUUUUCAACAUUCGAUUUGCUUUUCUCUCAUUUUUUGUGUAUGUGAUUGUUGUGAGCAACAUCAAAUAUACGAUAUUUGAUUUUCAAGAUAUUUACUUGUUGGCCAAAAAUUUGUCAUCAAUUGUUCAGUAGUUUCUGAAAUUGACUGAAAUCAUUUUGUUUCUUUGAAUCAUCAAUACGAAAACAAUGCCAUCGGUAAAUUAUGCACGUUUGAAGACCAAUCUUUCAUUGGCCAUACAACGUUUGAAAUUAUUGGAAAAGAAAAAGACUGAAUCGGCACAAAAAUCUCGUAAAGAGAUUGCCGAUUACAUUGAAAAUGGUAAAGUUGAACGAGCUAAAAUACGUGUCGAGCACAUUAUACGUGAAGAUUAUCUUGUCGAAGCCAUGGAAAUCGUUGAAAUGUUCUGUGAUCUUUUGUUAGCUCGAUUUGGUAUGAUACAACAAAUGCCCACUUUGGAUGAUGGUCUUGAAGAAGCAAUUUCAUCAUUAAUCUGGGUUGCUCCACGAAUGUCGACUGAUGUUAAAGAAUUGUCAAUCAUUGCUGAACUGUUCACACAAAAAUACGGCAAACAAUUCGCUCAGGCAGCCAAAGAAAAUCAACUAAAAUCAGUCAAUGAAAAAUUAAUGCUCAAAUUAGGCGUGCAAGCUCCGCCGAAAAUUUUAGUUGAGAAAUAUUUGAUCGAAAUCGCCAAAACUUUGAAUGUUCAUUAUGAACCCGAUGAAGAAGUAUUGAUGGAAGAUAAGAAAUACAAUCAAGGAAAUGAUGAUAGUAAGCCCGGUGCUUCUGGUGGAAGUGGUGGUGCCGCUCAGCGACCACCGCCAGGUUCAAUGUCAGGAUUAUUGAUCGAUUUGGCCCCUACAGCACCAACAACUAAUGAGCCGCCACCAUUGCCUGAUAUGCCUCCUUCUGGACCGUAUGGUAAUCUUGUAUCCGAAGCUGAUUUCCUUAAAAAACAAUUGAGUGAUGGACGACCACCAGAAAUUGGUUUUAUUGAUUUGCCACCACAACCAUUGGAUGCCGGAGCUAGUGUUCCACCAUCAUAUGAAUCAGUGGUUAGUAAUCAAUCAACUAAAUCGUUGCCGGCACCAAGUGGACCACCACCACCCGAAGUACCUCCUGCAUCGGCAUCAGCAAAACCAGAAUUUAAUUUAGAUAAUUUGCCACCAGUGUAUAAUCUACCUGAUAUUCCAAGCGAACUAGAUGAUUUUGGUACAAAUAAUAAAUCAGUUCAUGAUGGAUCAUCAUCAAAUAAACGAAAUGAUGGUAAUGGUUCUGGUGCCGGUGGUCAGGAUGAUGUUGAUUUCGAUGAUCUUCGUCGUCGUUUUGAAGAUUUGAAAAAACGUAAUAACUAGUGUUUUCAUAAAGACUUAUCAAUUGUUUUGCUUUUUGUUUCCCAUUAAUUUUUUCUUGUUUUAAACAUAUUAUUCAAUUUGAUGCUGUUAUUUAAAUGAAAUAUUAAUGAAAUUUUCGAAAGCAAGAAAAAUAAAAUAAAAUUUUCAGCCAACAACAGAUGGCAGCAUAUCGUA